AUGGAUACACGCACCCCUUAUGCCCUGAGCGUCCUUGCUCCCAGCCAGGAUGGCGCUGAUGAAUCACGCGUAGCUAUCCAAGCUCGCCUUCGAGAAUUUGUUCUCGCGUUCCAGCUUGACAACUCGUUCAUUUACAGAGAUCAAUUGCGACAGAAUGUCCUCAUCAAACAGUACUAUUGCGACGUCGAUAUUGCACACUUGAUCUCAUAUAACGAAGAACUUGCUCAUAAGCUCACAACUGAACCAGCCGAUAUCAUUCCUUUGUUCGAAGCAGCACUGAAACAAUGCACCCAGCACAUUGUCUAUCCAUCCCAAAGGGACGUCAAACUCCCACCUCAUCAACUACUCCUCCAUUCAAGCGCCUCCCAUAUCUCUAUUCGUGACCUAAACGCCACAAAUAUCUCUCACCUGGUUCGAAUUCCUGGCAUUGUGAUUGGUGCUUCAACCAUUUCCUCAAAAGCCACAGUCAUCAGUAUCCGGUGCAGGAGCUGUGAACAUAAUGAUAAUAUAACGGUGGACAGUGGAUUUUCCGGUCUGACUCUGCCUAGGAGAUGUGGUCGUAAGCGCCAGCCGGAAGAACAGCCAAGCGAACCCUGUCCCCUGGAUCCAUAUGUCAUUGUCCAUGAGAAUUGCCAUUUUGUCGAUCAGCAAGUCCUUAAGCUCCAAGAAGCUCCGGACCAAGUGCCUGUUGGUGAAUUGCCCCGCCACGUGCUCAUAUCUGCGGACCGGUAUUUGGCAAACCGAGUUGUUCCCGGAUCGCGCUGCACGGUCAUGGGCAUCUUUUCUAUAUACCAAUCCAAGGGUGGUGCGAAGGCUGCCGCAGUGGCCAUUCGAAACCCUUACUUACGCGCUGUGGGAAUCAGUAGCGAUGUCGACCAUACUUCCAAGGGAGCUGCGACCUUUACCGAAGAAGAGGAGCAAGAAUUCCUAGAAAUGAGCCGUCGUCCCGAUUUAUAUGAAGCAUUUGCACGAAGUAUUGCUCCCUCGAUCUACGGCAAUAUGGACAUUAAAAAGGCCAUUGCUUGCCUACUGAUGGGUGGUUCAAAGAAAAUUUUGCCAGACGGAAUUAAGCUUCGUGGAGAUAUCAACGUACUAUUGCUUGGUGACCCCGGUACUGCAAAGUCUCAGCUACUCAAAUUCGUCGAAAAAGCCUCACCUAUUGCCAUUUAUACUUCCGGAAAGGGUUCUUCAGCUGCCGGUCUUACUGCCUCUGUUCAACGCGACUCUACUACACGCGAGUUCUACUUGGAAGGUGGUGCGAUGGUUUUAGCCGAUGGUGGUGUUGUAUGUAUUGAUGAGUUCGAUAAGAUGAGAGACGAAGACCGCGUUGCCAUUCACGAAGCUAUGGAGCAACAAACUAUUUCCAUUGCCAAAGCUGGUAUCACAACUAUUCUCAACUCUAGGACCUCUGUCCUAGCAGCCGCGAAUCCGAUCUUCGGACGUUACGAUGAUCUGAAGACUCCCGGAGAAAAUAUCGAUUUCCAAACUACUAUCUUAUCACGUUUCGAUAUGAUUUUUAUCGUCCGCGACGACCAUGACCGCGGCCGAGACGAACGAAUUGCCCGCCAUGUGAUGGGUAUUCACAUGGGAGGCAAGGGUACAGAAGAACAUACUGAGGCAGAAAUCCCGGUGGAGAAGAUGAAAAGAUACAUUAGCUAUUGCAAGACACGAUGCGCUCCUCAGCUGUCGGAGGAAGCAGCAGACAAGCUUUCGUCCCAUUUCGUUUCAAUUCGCAAACAGGUUCAUCGCGCCGAACUUGACGCGAAUGCUCGGUCAUCCAUUCCAAUUACGGUUCGUCAAUUAGAAGCUAUCAUUAGAAUUACAGAGUCUCUCGCCAAGCUCACAUUGUCGCCUGUCGCGACGACGGCUCAUGUUGACGAGGCUAUCCGAUUGUUCCUCGCUUCAACGAUGGAUGCCGUUACUCAAGGAGAAAACCAGGGUAGUAAAGAACUCAUGGAAGAGGUAUCCAAGGUUGAAGAUGAAGUCAAACGCCGUCUGCCCAUUGGCUGGUCCACGAGCUUGGCCACUUUGCGCCGUGAAUUCGUUGACGGGCGUGGUUAUAGUGAACAAGCUCUUAACCGAGCGUUACUGGUUCUGCAGCGAAGGGACACUAUACGAAUCCGCUCUGGUGGAUCUCAGGAAUCUGGUCUUGCAUGGCUACGGCCUUCCCCCUCGAACGAGAUGACCUCUUCGAGCCCGCGGAAGUCGUCGAUUGACAGCCUGGCUUCUAUUGGGUCUUCACCUUCGCUGCAGCAAUAUCCUCAAACCCAAUAUGAGUCCCCUCGUAUCGCGCCAUUACAGCGAUUACCGCAGCGGCGGUCGUCUACCGCGAGUUCUCUUGCCAGCAUUGGUGGAAUCUUGGACGCUUCCCAUCGCUCUUCGAUCGCAGAGCUAGGUCAAAAUGCUAUCUCAACUCUUUUGCAACCUCCAAUCGUUCGUACCGGACUCGUCGCUCAUACCUCAAUACCUGCAACGGGCUAUAAGCCCCCCACCGCACGAGACAUCCCACCAGUCACGCUCACAAAUGUACCAAACGUUGAGUCCAAGGCGUUUCAGCCUUAUCUUGACCAAGUCGGUUCUUUGUAUGAUGCUUUUCAACGAGCGAGGGAAGGAAGCGAUGAGAACGACUCUCAGUUGGUCAGGAGCAACAAGACUUUGUCUCCCGCCGCGCUCUCCUCAAGACCGGAUGAACUCGAUGGCCGACGGACACCUGUUCUUGAACGACGUUUGUCUGGGGUGUCUGUAGGUUCACGUGCCCACUCCCCGUUCGACAUGCGAGGUAGGAGACGUCCGUCGUACGGCAAAGGCUCGCAAGCAGUGACACCCUUGUCUACAAUACCCAACGUUUAUUUUGAGGAGGAAUUCCAUCUUGAGAAUCCGCGUACCUUUGACGUUGUCUCCGAAAAGUCAGAAGUGGUGCGACAACCGGCUAAACCCCCCGGGCUUGAGAAGGCUACGAAUGGUUCAACGAUUGAACCGCCCACUACUGGAAGGAAAGCUCUAGCAACAAACGCGAUUUUGCAAGAGAAACUUUCAUGGUAUAUGGAUACAGUUGAAAUCCAUCUAAUAUCGUCGAUCUCCACUGCAUCCAAAUCAUUCUUCACCGCGUUAGGGUCGUUGCGUGAACUUCAUGCAGAAGCAGCAGAUUCUGUCAAAAGAAUCCAGAUUCUCCGAAAGGAUCUCCAUAAAAUCGAUAAGGAGAUGGCAAUGGGAGGAUUGAAGGUGGUCAAAUUGCGUCAACGAAGGCAGAACAUUCGGAAACUGGCCGAUGCUAUGAGCCAGCUCCACGAAGUAGUCGAAGCUGUGACAGAAUGCGAGAACAUAAUAGAACAAGGGGAUGUUGAAGAAGCCAUUGAUGGUUUGGAUGAAGUGGGAAGACUGCUGGCUGGCGAACAGGCAUCUAGACGUCGCAACCAGAAUGAUUCUGAGCAAAGGGCACCCGUCAAUCUCAGGGGUCUCCAUGCACUUCAAGGUGUCGAUGACGAGCUGGCAGUGUUGAGACAACGUAUUGGAAUGAAGUACGAAAGUAGAUUCCUGGACGAUCUACUAGCAGAUCUAAGGCGACAUGUGAACAAUGUUCCUGCAGAUGCAACACUGCAUCGUUGGGGUGCAUCGUUCCAAAGAAAUCGCGGUGGACAUAGAUCUGCACCAUCUAUAUCACCAGCAUAUAUGUCUUUCGAUGCGCAACUUAGGUCAAAACUUCAUGCUGAGCUUGUAGGGCUAGGCAGGUCACACCAUACAAUGCCUGCGGCAACAUCUUUCAAAACAGCUGUUUUACGAGAGAUGAAAGCACUUAUACGAAAACAUCUUCCUAGCUCGUCUGACGACGACAAUGAAUCAAUGAUGUCUGCAUCCACGCACGGUGGACGACAGCUUAGUUCGCAGGAGAAGUCUUCGAUUUUGGCUCGAAACUUGCGAGCCCUUGACGCAGACAGUGCUUAUGACAUGCUUAGACAAAUAUACACAGGUGUUAGUGAAUCUCUGAGGAGGCUUGGAGUCCAGGUAAAGGUGCUUUUGGACAUCACUAGCGGUCUUGGAACACAGUCUAGUUCAUCUUUGGGUCGAUCAUCGUCACGCAGUCCAGACCCACAAAACGUGAACGACAUUUCUCGAUCUCAAGGAAGCGCAGCCGAAGUUGCAGCGGCGCAGGAGGAGAUCCUACAAGCUCUAGACAUGUCAAGCCUUUUGGGUCAAGCAGUCGAUAUCGUACAGUCGCAAAUCGUCAAGGUGCUCAAAGUGCGGUCGGAACAGACGUCGUAUCUUUCGAUCGAGGACUUUUUAAGAUAUUUCAGCCUCAACCGACUUUUCGUUGAUGAAUGCGAGGCUAUCUCGGGCCGUAGUGGGAUGUCGGUGAAGACAGUUGUCGACAACCAGAUUCGCGAUUUCAUUGUCAGGUUUAGCGAUGGCCAGCGUCAACAUAUUGUGGAGGUUAUGGAUGCAGACAAGUGGGAUGCUAGAGAUUUCGGCGAUGCAGAGAAUGCUGUGCUCAAUAAGGUGCUCCGUGCUAGCACAGCUGACGUCGAUUCAUGGUUGCAAGUAUCCAAGAUCUGGGAACCUACAGAGUCGGCAGAAUCAUCAGCGCCAAAUCCCAAAACACAGAAUGGGGCUGUUAUUAACGGCUCAGGGAAAGAGAAAGCACGGACAGCUAAUUUCGACGAGCAGCGAUAUGUGCUUCCGGAGUCCGCGGUAACAAUCUUGAAGAGUAUCGAAGAAUUUGAGUAUCUGAUGGCAAAUAUACCCAGUAUGACCCAAGACAUUGGCUCCAAUCUGGUUGAAUGCUUGAAACUAUUCAACUCGCGAUCCUCGCAAUUGAUCUUAGGCGCAGGUGCUACUAGAAGCGCUGGGCUCAAGAACAUCAACACUAAACAUCUAGCCCUCUCUUCUCAAGCGCUCAGUUUUAUCGUGGCCCUUAUUCCUUACAUACGAGAGCUUGUUCGGAGGCAUUCAUCAUCCAGUCAACUCAUAGGGGAAUUCGACAAGGUGAAAAGGCUGUGCCAGGAGCAUCAGAAUGGUAUCCACGAGAAAUUGGUGGAUAUUAUGAGUGGGCGCUCGGCCAUUGGUGUGAUAGGAAUGAAGAAGAUAAAUUGGGACGCAGAAAGGGAUUCCAAGGCUGUCAGCGGUUAUAUGGAAACCCUGACGAAAGAAACCGCGACAUUGCACCGUGUUCUUGUGCGACAUCUUCCUGAGUCGACUAUCAUGAUGAUCAUGGAACCGGUCUUCAAGAGCUACCGGGAGCAGUGGACGACAGCUUUUCGGGAGACGCCUGUUAAUACGGAGUCUGGAAGACAGAGAAUGCUGUCUGAUGCCGAGUAUUUCAAAUCUAAAAUGGACAAGAUUGACGGAUCUGGCGACUUAGGUGAUACACUUAUUCAAGUUAUCAAUGCGAAGGCUAUCUUCUCUGGGAGAGAAGGCACUAGCACGGUGCAACCGGAAGUGUCUUCAUCACCAUCACCAUCCUCGUCAUCACCGCCUGUCCCGGAGAAGGACCAAAAACCUCAGAAAACCGACUCAGAGGUCAAACCAGAUGAUAAGGGUCAAGAAUAA